AUGAAGUACUCUUUCGUCUGCGCCGCCCUCGCCGCCUCGGCCUCUGCCCAGAUCGUCUCUGACAUCACCUCGAUUGGUGGCUCCAUCAUUUCUGCCGGUACUAGCGGUGCUGGAUCAGUCGUUUCUGCUGCUACCUCCGGUGUUGGCCAGGGUAUCUCAGGUGCCUCGUCCGUCGGAUCAGUCGCCGUCUCAGGAGCCUCCUCGGCUGCCAGCGUUGCUGUUUCUGGCGCUUCGUCUGUUGCAAGCGCAGGCACUUCCGGAGGCGCAGCUGCUCUCUCUACCCUCACUGCCAGCGCCUCGGCUGACCUGUCGUCUGCCUCUGCCGCCCUCGCCUCCGAGAGCAUGGACAUCAGCUCUCGCUUGAGCUCCCUCUCCGCUGCUCAGUCUACCGCCACUGGUUCCGCCAAGAGCUCUCUCUCGUCUGAGGCUGCUGCUCUCCAGUCGUCGGCCUCUUCUGCCCUCAGCUCUGGUACCAGCGCCUUGAGCUCUGCCUCGUCGCGUGUCUCCUCCGCAGUCUCUGGCGCUUCGUCCAGCGUUGCCAAGAGUGGUUCUUCGGCUGCCUCGUCCGCCUCCAAGUCUGCCUCAUCAGCUGCCUCGUCUGCUUCCUCUGCUGCCAGCACUGGUGCUGCUGCCUACAACGGACCCGCUGUUGGUGGUGUCCUCGGUGCCGCCCUUGGCUUCGCUGCCCUCCUCUAA